AUGUUCGAGUAUCACGAUGCUCCUAUAGGAGGACAUCGUGGCCGCGAGAAGACAUAUCUCACGGUGAGUCGAGACUUUUACUGGCCCCGCCAGUAUCAGUUUGUGCGCAAGUAUGUUCGCGCAUGCGAAGUCUGCCAACGAGUGAAGUCAAGUUCUUCACUGCGUGCACCUUUACAGCCUCUACCGGUUCCGGCUGAGUGCUGGGAUCCAUCCCAAUGGAUUUUGCCUUCGGGUUACCCAAAGACGCACGCGGGAAUACGGGUAUUCUCGUAUUUGUUGACAGAUUCAGCAAAAUGGUACACCUUGUGGCUGUACCCGAGUCAAUCACGGCAAGUGGCUGUGCUUGUGUCUUUAUUGACACCAUCUUCCGACUUCAUGGGUUGCCCCGUGAACUCGUAUCAGACAGAGAUCCACGCUUCACUGCUGAUUUCUGGCGUUCCGUGUUCAAAUCACUCGGAACGCUUGAAGAUGUCGACAUCUGAUCAUCCAGAGUCAGUUGGUCAGACGGAACGUGCCAAUCGUGUCCUCGAAGAGAUACUUUGA